AUGAGUAGGGGGGCACUAAUAAACCGGAACGGGAGGAGGUCGCGACUGAAAUUCGCAAGUCAGGACCUGACAUCCCACAAAACAACAGCGAAAACCUCAAGACCCAGAAUCAACUCAAAAGCCUCCCGAGUCAGACUCAGCAGAAAAUUCCAAUCCACCAAGGAGCCGGGUGGUUUAGAGGAGAUAACAGACAACCGGACCGAGACGGAGGCAGGACCAGAAGGAAAGAAGGGAAGCGACUGGGUAUCAAGAGGCCUCCGAUGA